CAUAGACUGACAGGAAACCCCUAGAAACAGUCAGUAGUUUCAGCGCUGGGCUUCGGUUCACUUCGUACACAGCGGCCUGAACAGCCAUGGCCGCAACCCAGUCAAUGUUAGCUGUAGCCGUGUGCGUCCUGAUGAUCAGUGAGAUGAUCUUGGCCCAGAAAGAUUAUUAUGAAAUCCUGGGCGUUCCCAAAGACGCCUCAGAGCGCCAAAUCAAGAAGGCCUUUCACAAACUGGCCAUGAAGUAUCAUCCAGACAAGAACAAAAGCCCAGAUGCAGAGUCAAAGUUCAGGGAGAUUGCUGAGGCAUAUGAAACACUGUCGGACAGUAAGAGGAGGCAGGAGUAUGAUCAGAUGAGGAGUAACCCUUUCUCCAGAGAGGGCACACAAGGAAGCAGGGGCGGUCAGUUCCAUCAGCCGUUCAGCUUCAAUUUCGAGGACAUGUUUAGAGACUUUGAUAUUUUCGGGCAGCCAACACAGUCCCAGCAUAAUAAAAGGCAUUUUGAGAGCCACUUCCAAGCUCACAAAGAGGCACACAGAAGCAGCUCCGAGAAUUCUUUCGGCGGCGACAUGUUCAAUAUGUUUUCAGACUUUUUCUCAUUCGACGAACAAUCCGAGUUUCACGGUUCGUCCGGCCAACAGCGCUGCCACACAGUCACUCAGCGCAGAGGAAACAUGGUGUCCACAUACACAAAGUGCUCCUGAUUUCUUCUUUAAGAACAUGAGUUACUUUAGAUUAUUGAACUUCUUGCUGAUGCUUACUUCUGUGACUGAACCGGUUCUGAGACAUGAGCAGUUAGUGUGGAGUAAUGCUUCCGACUUGACACUUUAAACCAAGGGAAUAAAUUCAGGGUUCAAAAAUGUUUCCCCCCCCAUCUAAAUAUCUAAGCUUGAUAGGUUAAGAUGCAUCACACGCAUGGCUUCACGUUUUUGUAAGCACACGUACACACACAAAAAUGCAGCCGUUGUGAAAGAAAAGUUAAAUUUCACCUUACGUUUUAUAACCAAAUGUCACACUGACGAGCGAAUCUUAACAUCUCAUAUAUUGUAAUGUAAUUUAUAGAUGUGACAACAAGCAGACAAGCAAACUUUAGCGCAGGCAACACAUUUUCUGCAAAUUCUACAAAAUAAGAUAUGAGACAAUUAAUAAAAGGUGAUAAGUGUAGAUCUGAAACAAUUUCCUGUUCUGGCGUGAUGUUUUUAUAUGUAGGUGUGAUGUUUUUAUCUGACGGUUUCCAGACCGUGUUAAAUACAGUGAGUGAAGGUGGUUCUGUGAUCACUGACAUUACCUCAGAGCUAAUUUGUGGCCCUUCAGUUGAACCUUUUUUGUCGCAUGUUGCACAAAGCGUCAAAAUAAUCAAGCAGCUCGAUUGUCAGUUCAUGUGUCUUCCUUGUACUUGUGCACAACGUCCUCGCACUUUUCCACAGAGCUUUUAGGCACGUCAGCAACAAACAAGAUGUGCCCUUGAGAUAUAAUUUAAAAACAUUAUUAUUAUUAUUAUUAUUAUUAUUAUUAUCAUUAUCAUUAUUAUCCUAAAUACUCCUAAUAAGUCCCCCUUUAUGUGCAAUAAUUCCACACGUCUUCUGUUCUGUUAAGGCAUCUUGUCAGGUAGCGUGUAGAAACACGGCCUGUUCCAUCCCUCAGGGUUAACAGCUUUUUCAUCUAAUUAUUUGUUUUUAAUUCCUAAACGCCGCAUUUGCAUGUGGUUGGAACGUCAGGAUCAUUGUCUCUGUUUGUGAAAAGCCAAAACGAACAGGUUGUCUGUUCUACGGUUGUGUUUCGGUGGUUUGCCAAAGAAAAAAGUUUUGGUUUUAACUCUUUGGUUUAAUACAACUGAGUGUCACAACCUUGACGUACAGGAUGAUGUGGAACAUUAUAUUUUGUGCUCGCUUUUUGUUCCUUUACUUUAGAGAAUAUACCAAAAGACUUUAAUGAUUGUACACAAAUGUCUUCAGUACCUCUGUGGAUUGUUUUGGAUUUGUUGAUAUGCUUGAAUUAUUUUAUUUGUGUGUGUGUGUGUGUCUCCAUAAAAUGUACUGUUUAAAAA